AUGCCUCAGAAAGAGUUUUGUCCUAAGAGCUAUCAGGAGACUUCAACAGGAGCUCAGAGCUCCGCCGCUGUACACCUCCGUUCGGGUUCAGACAAGAGGCAAUUUGACUUCUCAUUCGAGCCAAUUCGUGAAAACCUAUUCAGAGUCACCUUUUCUUCCGAGGAUCAUCCUCUUCCCCCUUUUCCGAGUGUGACCAAGCCAGUGACCAGCUUGGAAGACGUCCAUGUUUCUACAGAACACGGCUCUCAACAAAAGACCAUCGAAGUUGGUGAUAUCACAGCCUCUGUUGAGUGGGCCAACACUCCAGUGGUCUCGCUCUCGUGGAAGGGCACCGAAAAGCCUUUGUACAGAGAUCUUCCCUUGCGGUCUUAUGUAGCCGACGCAUCUGGAAUUGCGCACUACACUGAACAUGACCGAAAUGACCUCCAUGUUGGACUAGGGGAGAAGAGAGCCCCUAUGGAUCUCAGUGGUCGUCAUUUCCAGCUCUCAGCCACGGACAGUUUUGGAUACGAUGUGUAUAAUACCGACCCCCUAUACAAGCACAUCCCACUUUUGAUUAAGGCAUCACCUGCGGGAUGUGUUGCCAUCUUCUCGACCACACACGGCAGAGGAACGUGGUCCAUUGGCUCGGAGGUUGACGGUCUUUGGGGCCAUUUCAAAGUCUACCGUCAAGACUACGGUGGUCUCGAACAAUAUCUCAUUGUCGGAAAGACACUCAAGGACGUCGUGAGGUCGUAUGCAGAGCUUGUCGGCCACCCGAUCCUCGUCCCCAGAUGGGCCUACGGAUACAUCUCCGGAGGAUACAAGUAUACCAUGAUGGAUGAGCCACCCGCCCACCAAGCGCUCAUGGAUUUCGCCGACAAAUUGAAAGAGCAUGAAAUUCCCUGCUCGGCGCAUCAAAUGAGCUCCGGCUACUCAAUUGCCGAAGUCGAACCCAAAGUUCGCAAUGUCUUCACUUGGAACAAGUACCGGUUCCCCAAUCCGGAAGAGUGGAUUGCCAAGUAUCAUUCACGAGGAAUUCGACUCAUUACCAACAUCAAGCCAUUUUUGCUUGGCUCCCACCCAGACUUCCAGAAGCUUAUUGAUGGAAAUGGAUUCUUUAAGAACCCCGAAACCAAUGAGCCGGGGUAUAUGAGAUUGUGGAGUGCUGGCGGAGCAACUGGGGGUGACGGAUGCCAUAUCGAUUUCACUUCAGCCGUCGCAUUCAAGUGGUGGUACGAUGGAGUCCAGAGUCUGAAGCGCGCCGGCAUAGAUGGAAUGUGGAAUGACAACAAUGAAUACACGCUUCCAGAUGAUGAUUGGCAGCUUGCUAUCGAUGAGCCAACUGUUUCCGACGGCGCCAAGACGGGGGUCAAGGCCACUGUUGGAGACUGGGGACGUGCAAUGCACACAGAGCUCAUGGGCAAGGCCUCUCAUGACGCCCUGCUCGAUCUUGAGCCCAACCAGAGACCUUUCGUUCUGACUCGGAGUGCUACGGCUGGUACGAUGCGCUACGCAGCUAGCACGUGGAGUGGAGACAACGUUACCAGCUGGGAAAGCAUGAAAGGUGCAAAUGCAUUGUCCCUCAAUGCAGGUAUCUCGCUGUUGCAGUGUUGUGGGCACGAUAUUGGAGGUUUCGAAGGACCCCAACCUUCACCUGAGCUGCUCCUCAGAUGGAUCCAACUGGGUAUUCACUCCCCUCGAUUUGCCAUUAACUGCUUCAAGACGUCGCCCGAAAACAACUCUGUCGGGGAGGUCAUUGAACCCUGGAUGUACCCCGAGAUCACACCUCUCGUCCGGGACACCAUCAAGCGUCGCUAUGAGAUCCUUCCAUACAUUUACUCUCUAGGUUUGGAGAGUCACUUGACCGCCUCUCCACCCCAGCGCUGGGUGGGCUGGGGCUACGAGUCUGAUCCUGAGGUCUGGACGAAGGCACUUAAGUCCGGGGACGAGCAGUUCUGGUUCGGUGACACUAUUAUGGUUGGUGGCGUCUACCAGCCGGGCGUGAGCGUCGCCAAGGUGUAUCUUCCCCGGAAGGCCAAUGACCAGUUUGAUUUUGGAUAUGUGAACAUGAACGAGCCUUAUACCUAUUUCGCUUCUGGGCAAUGGGUUGAGGUUCCAUCCGAGUGGCAGAAAAGUAUUCCCCUCUUGGCCCGGAUUGGUGGUGCGAUCCCAAUUGGAAAGUCUGUACACACCCGAGUGCCUGGUGAUGAAACCCCGGCGUCCGUGGCCGUUGAGGAGCUCGAUGAUUACAGAGGUGUUGAGAUCUUCCCGCCUCGUGGCAGCUCGCAUGGCCAAGCUUUCAGCACAACUUGGUUUGAAGAUGACGGAAUCUCGCUGAAGCCAAACAUCUCACAGUACACCAUUAGCUACAGCUCGACGGAAGAAAAGGUAACAGUUGGUUUCACUCGGGAUCAGAAAUCUGGAUUUGUUCCGGCCUGGAGGGAAUUGGACAUCAUCCUCCAUAACGGCGAUGAGAGACGGGUUGUUUCUGAUAUCGGAAAACCGGUGGAGUACAAGGGAAAAGACUCCCGCGGACGCGUGGUGUAUACUCUGAAGAACUAA